AAACGAGCAGAGUUUCGCGUUCGAAACGUCGAGACCACACACUCGGCUCUUUUCAGUUCAGAGGCAACACUACCACAAAAUAGAUUUACACUUGGUUGUACUAUACCCACAAGUUUACUAUUUAUUUAUAAAUUCUUCUUACGUAUUGUUCCUGCUCUUGUAAAACCACAUUCUUCGUUCGGCAUUCAUUGAUUCACCAAAAGAGAAACGUUGGCAGCGUGGGCGCUCAAAAGCCCCAAUGUUUAAACUGGUUGCGUGUGUGGUGAUGGUGGGUGUCGUCUGCUCGUUGUGUGAAAGUGCAUCAUCAAACAACAACACCAAGCUGUACCUUCUUGGUCUGUUUCCAAUGACCGGGGCUUGGGCUGGAGGUGAGGCCCUCUUGCUUGCUAGUCAGCUGGCCGUGAGAGAUAUAAAUGCCAAUCGUCAUGUGCUACCGGGAUUCGAGCUCGUCUUGCUACCCAAAGACACAGCGUGCGAUGGCGGGAAAGCAACGGACGCAAUGUACAGAGAGUUGUACAACAGAUCAACUACAAAGAUGAUGAUCUUAGGCGGUGGCUGUUCCACGGCGACUGAACCCACAGCACAAGCUUCACAUCAUUGGAAUCUCAUACAGAUCUCUUUCACGUCAACGUCUCCCAAACUCUCACAGCGUGAAACUUAUCCCCGAUUCUUCCGUCUCAUCUCGACACUGUCGAUGCACAACAUCUUCAAGAUUGCCCUCUUCCGAGAGUUCAACUGGCGGAAAGUGGCCACGCUGCACGAGUCCGUCAGCUUGUUCACUCUGUCAAUGGCCGAUUUUCACAUGGAUGCUUCAAAAGAAGGGAUUGAGAUCCUGGGAGCAGAGAGCUUUGUGGACAACCCCAUUACCCAAGUCGGAAAUAUCAAGCAAUUAGGAGCCCGUGUAAUAAUAGGCGGUUUCUACAGCAACAUGGCGAGGAGAGUUUUCUGUGCUGCCUAUCAUCAUCAACUGUACGGUCCAAAGUACGUCUGGAUCUUACCAGGUUGGUUGGAGAAGAACUGGUGGCGGGAACCAGACGACUCAAUAGACUGCACGGUGGAGCAGAUGGACGAGGCAACUGCCAACUACUUCGGUAUAGAUAUUGAUACGUUGCCUACUGACAACAAUCGGAGACCGUCACUAGCUGGCCUGACAACCAGCGAGUUCUUAAAGAACUUUGGAGCCAUUUAUGAAUCCAGCGACCCGGAGUCCUUGGUCGGGUACCUUGAAACAUCCCUCAGUUAUGACACUGUCUGGACAGCGGCACUUGCGCUUCAAGAAGCACAGAAACAACUCCUUGAGUUGGAACCUCCAAGGACCUUAUCGGAUUUUAUGUACGACAACGUCACUGCAGAUAUAUUAUUCAACAUCAUAAGCAGGAUGACAUUUGAAGGCGUCUCGGGACCGGUGAAAUUCACAUCAUCUGGAGACAGGUUGGGUUUGUACGUACUACGACAACUACAAGAUGGCGAGAUCGUGUCUACGGGAAUGAUGGACCCAACCAACGGGUCGGGAUAUGACAUAGUCUGGGAUGGAUACCAAUCAGUACAGUGGCAAGGUGGGUCGCCCCCUAUUGACUUUAGAAUUGAAAGAGAAAUCCGCCAGACGGUACAGCCGUCGUUAUUCACCACCGGAGUAGUGUUUGCUGUGGCCGGUAUCUCCCUGGCAUGUGCCCUCUUAGCCUUCAACAUUCGCUUCAGGAAGCUACGAGUGAUCAAAAUGUCAAGCCCGAACAUCAACAACUUGAUGCUCAUAGGUGGAAUAUUAGCGUAUCUUUCAAUCAUCUUUCUUGGGAUCGAUACGGCAAUGGUGUCGACGGAAACGUUUCUAUGGAUGUGCAAGGCGAGGACAUGGUGCCUUUCCGUUGGGUUUUCCAUGGCCUUCGGGUCCAUGUUCAGUAAAACAUGGCGAGUGCAUAAAAUCUUCACCAACAAAACAGCAAGGAAAACGGCUGUGAAAGACUUCAGGUUAUUUAGUUUCGUUGCCAGUCUGAUUCUUGUUGAUGUUUUGCUCGUUGUUCUGUGGGAGACGUUCGAUCCUCUGCAGGCCAAGGAGAAACAUGGAUUGGAACAAGUGGAUGACGAAAACGAUGACAUCAUCUACACGCCAGUACGUAUUAUGUGCGAGUCUGCGCACCAGAUAUAUUGGAUCGGUUCCUUCUACGUCAUAGACGGACUGUUGCUGGUUUUUGGCGCCUUUUUGGCUUGGGAGACUCGAACUGUAUCAAUCCAAGCUCUGAAUGACUCUAAGUUUAUUGGUGUUUGCAUCUACAAUAUAUUGAUAUUCUCCGUCAUCGGGGCACCGAUAUCAUUCGUCCUGGAGGAUAGAAACGCCCUCUACGCCUUGGUGGCUGGUUUGAUCUGGCUAGCAACCACUCUCACACUAUGUGUGAUAUUUAUUCCUAAGAUAAAAAUGAGGAAUAGCAUUAUACCAGCUCAUAAUCGCAACAACACGAUGAUCUCAACAAACACACUGACCCAAGACCGUCAAAUAAGAAACUUGGUUGAUACACAGAAAGAUGAACUGCAGCUAUUGCGUCAGGAAAUACUGCAGCUCAAAAUGGUAAAUAGGAAAUUAUCGUCUGGCAGAAAACAUCAAGAACUAGGUGACCCAAAUCAGACUGAUGACACGCUAUGAACCAAUCCAUCUCCAACAGAGAGUAGGCC